AUUCAGUCAGUUUCAGUCAUGCGAAGGCGGAGGUGAUGUUUAUGUUUCGUUUUUUUAUUUUCGUGACGUUAGGGCUUGUGUUUUUCGUAUGAUUUUGUUUAAUUUAAUUAACUUUGAAGUUUCAUUUAAGUGAAUUAUGUACUAAUAAACUAUCUGUGCUUAUUUAGCGUUCAUGUUGUUUCUGUGUGUUGUGUUUUGUUGAUUAUUUCGAAAUAAUGAAGGUAGACAUGAACAGAACGCGGCGGAGGCGCGCGACUGCAGACGUAGCAGCCCAGCUAGCUCUGGCCGUGUCGUGCGCAGCGUGCCUUGCGCUGGCGCACGCAGCGGAGCCGCUCGGGCCCUCCGACCGGCCCGAGGCCUACUUCAACGGCAGCUCCUACAUCCACCUCACCAGGCCCAUCUCCCUCAAACAGAUCGUCGGCCUCAGCUUCAGAACUUGCGUUGGUGGCGAGCUAUUCUCCCAGCGGUUCGAGCGCUACACCCUCCACGUGACAGCUUUAUACGAGCAGGUGGUGGUGUCGUGGGCGUUGCCGACCCAGCCGACCAGGCAGGAGGCUCUCGCGAAGGAAACCUUGGACAAUAAGUGGCAUUGGGUGGCUCUGAGGUACAGGCCUAGUCCGCCAGCUCUGCUUUUAGAAGUGGAUAAAGAAUCACAGGUGAUAUCAAACGUGACCUGGAACCCGGAGCUGCUGUCCCCGGGAGCGCUGGAGGCGGGCGGGGCCGAGGUGCUGGUGGGCAACGUGUUCAGCGGCUGCAUCCACGAGGGCCCCCAGCUGGAGUUCCACGCCAACAACGCCCAGUUCCACAACGUCGUGUUCGGCCACUGCCCGCUCUCCACUGACGAAUGCAAAGAUGGAAAAGACGUGUUGAGAAUACCUCCCAAGGACCACUGCUACAACGAGCCGUGCAUGCGACACGGGACUUGCAUAUCCAGACAUGACAGAUACGAAUGCCACUGCACCGCUCGCUAUACCGGCAACAACUGUGAGGUGGACGCCGGAGACCCGUGUCUGUCGUCGCCGUGCCAGCACUCGGGCCGCUGCGUGCUGGACGCCAGGGGCGACUACAGCUGCGUGUGCGGCGCGCGCUAUCACGGAGCGCACUGUGAGCUGGAGGUGUCGCUGGACCCGCAGUGCCAGGCGGGCCCGUGCCGCAACAACGGCAGCUGCAGCCUCGGGCCCGGCGACCUCUACGUCUGCGCCUGUCCGCCUGGUUUCACGGGGCGCAACUGUGAGAUCGACAUAGACGAAUGUAUGUCGGCGGAAAACGGGUGUCUGAACGGCGGCCGCUGCGUGGACGCCGUCAACACCUACACCUGCGACUGCGCCAACACUGGAUACACGGGUCCCCGCUGCGAGACGAAUGUGAACGAGUGUGAAGAGGAGCGCAACAUCUGCGGCCACGGCGUCUGCUACGACACCUACGGGGGCUUCGUGUGCGCGUGUCUGCCGGGCUACACCGGCGACCACUGCCACAGGAUGUCCGCGUGCGCGUCGGGCCCGUGCGGCGCAGGCGGCGCGUGCGUGGAGGACGCGGACGGCGGCGGCUUCCGCUGCGUGUGCGCACGCGGCUGGGCGCCGCCGCUGUGCGCCGCGCCGCAGCCCUGCGCCGACCUGCAGUGUCCGCCGCACUCGCACUGCGCCUCUCAUCUCGAUAUACCCAGUACGGUGGCGGGGAUUAUGAUGUCGAAACAGGCCGUCUGCGUGUGCGACCACGGAUACUAUGGGGCCCCGGGCAUAUCCCCAAACUGCAGCCUACCGGAGUCUGCGUGCGAGAACAACGUCUGCCUCAACGGAGCUGCGUGCACGCAGCUGCCCGACGGCUUCAACUGCACGUGCGUCGCCGGCUUCAGAGGCGCGUACUGUGAGCAGCCGGGCGGGGCGGGCGGCGGCGCGGCGGGCAAGGCGCUGCUGUCGGAGCUCAAGGCGCCGCCCGAGCGCUGCGGCCCGCAGACCUGUCUGCACGCCGUCCUCUGCCAGGACACGGCGAUGGGCUUCCGCUGUGAAUGCGAGGUUGGCUGGACGGGGGCGCGAUGCGACGUCCCCUCGGGCGCGGGGGACGCGUGCGGGCCCAAGAGCUGCCUCAACGGGGGCACUUGCCGCGCGCGCGACGGGGGCGCCGGGGGCGCCGCGUGCGAGUGCCGGCCCGGGUACGGCGGGCCCGCGUGCGCGCUGGCGCUCGACUGUCGCGCCGCGCCUUGCGCGCAGAGGCAGGAAUGUGUAGAACAAGCCGGCUUGUGGCGCUGCGUGCCGCAAGCGCCGGAGUCCGCGUGCGCGUCGUCGCCGUGUCGCAGCGGCGGCUGCCUCGCGCUCGACGCCGGCCUCUUCCGCUGCCAGUGCGACCCCGGCUACUCCGGUCGUCUUUGCGACAUGGAUGUGGAUGAAUGUACCAGAACUCCCAAGAUUUGUAACAACGGUGUCUGCGUCAACAGUCCCGGUUCCUACCAAUGUUACUGCCGGCCAGGUUAUACGGGUGACAGUUGCGAGCAGGACAUCGACGAAUGCUUGUCAUCCCCGUGCAAACAUGGCGGCACCUGUCAAAACUUGGAGAACAACUACGAGUGCGCAUGCAUGGAUGGAUUUGAAGGCAAGGACUGCUCCGUCAACAUCGACGAGUGCGCGGCGGCGCCGUGCGCGGCCGGCGCUACCUGCGUCGACGGCGUCGCGUCCUACACUUGUCUGUGUCCCGAGGGCUUGUCCGGCCGUCUGUGCGACACCGACAUCGACGACUGCGAGUCGGCCCCAUGCCAGCACGGCGGACGCUGCAUCGACGCCCUGAACGGCUACAGCUGCCAGUGCGCAGGCACCGGCUACACCGGCGACGACUGCGGCACCAACAUCGACGAGUGUGCGCCGCAGCCCUGCCUCAACGGCGGCUCCUGCAGCGACGACGUCAACGACUACAGCUGCGCCUGCCACCAGGGGUACACGGGCAAGAACUGCGAGACGGACAUCAACGAAUGCGAGGGCGAGCCCUGCAAGCACGGCGGCAUCUGCCUCGAGCGCAGCAACGCCAGCCUCUACCGCGCCCCCGACUCUCCCCCCCUCAUCGUCGGCCCCCACCCCUCCAUGGUACUACCCGCCUCUUUCUACACGAGGUUCUCUAUUGAGAACGCUAGCGGCCUGGAGUGCGUGUGCGUGCCCGGCACGGUGGGCGCGCGCUGCGAGGUGAACAUCGACGAGUGCGCAUCGUCGCCGUGCGCGCACGGCAAGUGUGUGGACGACAUCGGCGGCUAUCGCUGCGACUGCGCGCCCGGCUUCGAGGGGCCGCUGUGCGAACUCGACAUCGACGAGUGCCAGCGAUACCAACCCUGCGAACACGGUCGUUGCUACGACGGGCGGGCGACGUACUACUGCAGCUGCGCCCCGGGCUGGGGGGGGCGCAACUGCAGCGUGGUGCUCACCGGCUGCCACGGCCAGCCGUGCCGCAACCACGGCACGUGUCUGCCGUGGCUGCAGCACGAGACUGAGCACAGAUACAACUGCAGCUGCGCGCCGGGAUACUACGGCACCACGUGCGAGAAGAUCACCACGAUGUCAUUGGAGAAGGGCAGCUUCGCGGAAGUGAACACAUCCCGAGAAGAAGGCUACGACCUCUCCUUCCGCUUCAAGACGACCAUCGGCAACAGCCUGCUGGCCAUGGGCUCGGGCCUCACGUACUUCUUCCUGGAGCUGUCCAACGGGAGACUCAACCUGCACUCCAGCUUGUUGAACAAGUGGGAGGGGGUCUUUAUUGGUUCACAGCUCAAUGACAGCAACUGGCAAAAGGUGUUCGUGACGAUAAACUCCUCGCACUUGGUGCUGUCCGCGAACGAGGAGCAGACCAUCUACCCGAUCAGCCAGAACGAGGCGUACAACUCCAGCGUGACGUCAUUCCCGUCCACCAGACUGGGCAACGCGGGGUCAUCGUACGCGACGUUGCGACAUGGACCUAACUUCUUUGUGGGCUGCUUCCAAGAUGUCGUAGUCAACGGGCAGUGGGUACUACCGGAAGACUCGAACGCAACAACAACAGAGACCGCCACCGAAGCCCUGGAGGAGAUCGAGACCGCGGAGACCGACGAGACGGAGACGGAGACGAGCACGGAGAGCGGCGUGCGCUCCGUGCUGCGGAACGUGCGCGCGCACUGUCCGCGUGCGCCGCAGUGCGCGCCCAACCCCUGCCGCUCCGGCGGCGGCUGCGAGGACGCCUGGACCAGCUUCGUGUGCACCUGUCCGCGCCCCUACCUCGGCGACACCUGCCAGUACAACUACACCGCGGCGACGUUCGGGCAGGAGUCAGCGGCCCCGCGCUCGGUGGUGUCGGUGCUGGUGCACGAGGCCGCGCGCCGCGCCGUGCACGCGGCGCUCGACAUCUCCAUGUUCAUCCGCACCAGGAAGCCCACCGGACAGAUCUUCUACCUCGGCUCCAUGCCCAAGGCCAGCCCCACAGACGAGACGCAAGUGUCGGCGUCACUGUACGCGGGCGAACUCUUGGUCCACCUCCGCUUCAACCAGACAUCGGAGAACUAUACCGUGGGCGGCACUCGGCUCGACAACGGACACUUACAUCUCAUCGAGGUGGUGCGCAACUCAACGCUGGUACAAGUGAAGCUGAACGGCACAGAAUACUUCAGGAAGUCCAUAUCGGCGGCCAAACAGCUCGAUGCUCAAGUAUUAUACCUAGGAGGGCCCCCUCCCGCGCCCGCCACGGUGGCCCCCCCCACACUAAGCCCCAUGACGGCCGUGACCACGCCGCCGCCGCAGGACGUGGACGACACUGACUACUUCAAGGGGGUCAUACAAGAUGUGCAGGUGUCGAACGGCGUGAACGUGACGGUGGUGGAGUUCUUCCCGCUGGCGCGCGUGGCGGGGCUGUCGCUGCCGCCGGCCUUCGGCGACGUGGCGCUGGACCCCGCCGGCGUGCUGCAGGGCGUGGUCUCCGACGACGCCUGCGCCUCCAGGCCUUGCUUGCACAACGCUACCUGCACGCUCACCUGGAACGACUACACAUGCACGUGCCUCCGCGGGUACAAGGGCAAACAGUGCGCCGAGGUGGAGUUCUGUCAGCUGCAGGGCUGCCCCUUCAACUCACAUUGCAGGAACCUGGAUGCGGGAUACGAGUGCGUGUCGGAGACGACGUUCGACGGCGUGAACACGACGCUGUCGUACCGGCUGCGGGUGCCGCGCGCCGCGCAGCGCCUGCGCUCCGAGCGCCCGCGCUCGCUCACUAUCACGUACAGGAGCAAAACCGGCGGCACCCUGUUCCGUGCGCAAAGCGGCGCCGGCGCCGAGCUGCUGUGGUUCACGGUGGGCGUGUUCAAGGAGCAGGUGACGGUGGAGUGGCGGCUGGCGGCGGCGGCGCUGCCGGCUGUGCGGCGCAUGCGUGCGCGCGAUCAUCUGCACUGGUCCACGCUGCGCUUCAUGUUCCAGGGGGAGGGCAUGACUGGAGCGUUCGUGGACGCGGACGGACACGAGGAGGUGCUGCUGAGCGCGGAGCUGGAUGUGGCGGCCUGGCAGCUGCUGGUGCAGGACGGGGAUAUACACCUGGGCGGCGUCCGCCAGCCGGCCUCCACGUACGACAACAGCACGGACAUGGCGAUAUCGGAGUUCACAGAAGGAGACGAGUUCGCUGACAACCUGGCCGGGGAGUACUUCAAGGGCUGCAUGGGCGCGGUGCACGUCGGGUCGCUGCUGCUGCCGUUCUUCACAGAGGAGGAGCUGUUCGUGGGCGCGGCGGCGGCGCUGCUGGCCGCGCAGCCGCACUAUGCGCUGCUGGCCGGCCGCGGCUGGGGCGCCGCCGCCGCUGUGGGCUGCGUGCUGUGUCUGGAGAGCGACUGCGCACGCGCAGGACACUGUGCCGACGUGCGUCGCCGCUACGACUGCGUGUGCGCGCCCGGCUACAGCGGCGACUACUGCGAGAUCGACAUCGACGAGUGCGUCAACAAUGAAUGUCAGAACGGUGCCACGUGUCAAGAUGGCGUCGCCUCCUACACCUGUCUGUGUCCGGAAGGUUUUGAUGGAGAGUUCUGCGCGCACGACAUCGACGAGUGCGCGUCGUCGCCGUGCGCGCACGGAGGCGCGUGCACGGACGCGGCGGGCGGGUACGCGUGCGCGUGCGCGCCGGGCUGGGCGGGCGUGCGCUGUGAGACUGAGCGCGCGCGCUCCUGUCUGCAUCAGCCUUGUCUGCACGCCGCCACUUGUCUGCCCGCAUCCGACACAGAAUCGCCAACGGGCAACAACUACACGUGCGUGUGCGCAGAGGGCUUCGAGGGCGUCCACUGCGAGAAGGCGUUCUGUGAGGUGACGCCCUGCGUGCACGGCCGCUGCGUCGUCGAUGCUGAGAAGGCGUACUGCGAGUGCUCGGAGACGUUCUCGGGCGCGCGAUGCGAGCGCGAGCGCGACGCGUGCGCCGAGCGCGUGUGCCAGCACGGCGGCCGCUGCGAGGCGCGCGCGCGCGGCUUCCGCUGCGACUGCGGGAGCGGUUGGACGGGCGCGCGCUGCGAGAUCGACAUCGACGAGUGCGCCAGCGGACUCGUGAGCUGCGGGCCCGGCCAGUGCCGCAACCUCGACGGCUCCUACACAUGUGAAUGCACGGCGGGCUUCUGCGGCGCAGAGUGCGCGCUGCGUGACCCGUGCUGGGAUGCGCAGGCGCAGGCGCAGACGCAGGGUCCGUGUCGGCACGGCGGCCGCUGUCGCCAGCGCUGCGCCGACACCAUCGACUACGUCUGCGACUGCGCGCCCGGCUGGGCCGGCAAGAACUGCACGGAACAGGCGGUGGCGGAGGGCGCGGGCGGCGGACCGGACGGGGCGUCGGGCGUGCUGAUCGGAGUGGGCGCCGCGCUGCUGGCGCUAGCGCUGUUGGCCGGGGGCGUGGGCGCGCUCGGGGCGCAGGCCCGAAGAAAGCGCGCGACGCGCGGCACAUACUCCCCGUCGGGACAGGAGUACAGCAACCCGCGCGCGGAGAUGAUGCACAACGCGCUCAAGCCGCCGCCCGAGGAGAGGCUCAUAUAGCGCCCGGGGACAGAAUUACCUGUACUUACUACGAUAAGGAAGAACAAAUUAACGAAAUCGGAUGAAAGACGCGAAACUGAUCCCCUAUCAAGUAAUUGUGUGUGUGUGUGUGUGAAUACAUGUUUGUGUGCGAGAGAAAGUAUGGACACAGUGUUCAUGUGUGUUCACGUUUUCAUAUGUCGACUGUGCGUGUGUGUGCUAUUUAAUGUUAGAAUAAGUAAUUAAUAAUGUUUUUGUACUUAAAGUGAUACCUCUUAGGGACUAUUUUUAUAAAUUAGGACGAAAGGCGUGACAACAAUAAUUAUAUCAAAGGGAACCGAGUGCCUACUAUAUGCAAUUUUGGAAACUUUUAUAGAUUUUAAGAUGAAAUCAAAAGUAUUGUUUUGAAGCUAAUCAAAUUAAACUAUGUACUUACCUGUGUAAGAAACUGUGGAAUUAACUUUAAAUGAAAUUUAUAUAAUAAUUGUGGGCCACUGUACUUAUAUGCAAUAAAUAAAAUAGUAAUACCUGCUUAUUCUUAAAAAAUAAUGAAUGUUCUUCUUUAGUAAAAUAUACUUGUCCUAUCUUAUAAAUUCAAAUCAUUAUUUAAAUUCCUUUAUUUAAACUUUUCUUAGCUACACAGUACGAUCACCAUCUCGUAAGUCUAUUAAGAAAAAGACAAAAGUAAUUUGAAUUAAAAUAAAAUUUAACCAGACAUUUUUUAUGAAUAAGAAGGCUAGCGAACUCUAGUAUCGGCCAAUGCGAGCACUGUAACUUUACAUGCAGUGUCAAUUUGAGGAAUUGUAUUAAAACUUGUCUGUACAUCGUCAUUUGCAGGCAUUAUUUCUACAAUAUUUUUAAUUCUCAGUAUUUUAACAUUAGAUGGAAUUGUAUCUAUUGACUGUCUCAUUCAUAAAAAUAAACUUCUAUUAUGAAAAGUUUUAAUAUUUUAUUACAUUUUUUAGCGUAUUGUAUUGAAACGGAGAUCUUUUGUUAUUUUUUUUUUUCUAUUCUUCAUCUAUUUUAACCAAAUGCAUUUGACAAACAUUAAAUUUUUAUGAAUAAGAUGGUUCACUAUUCUAAAUAAUAAAAUAAUAGUAGAAUUGUGUAACAAUAAGUUAGGUAAAUAAAGUGGGAUUUCAUAAAAAUGAAUUUAUGUACCGAGUGGUGCAAUGUACCUAGUUGUAUAAGGUAGACGUAAGACAUGAAAAGCGUGCAAGAUUCUAAAUUACAUUGUAGUGAAGACGUCCUCGGCCGCACACACCCGUUGCGCCGCACACCAGACCGUCCUUUCAAUAUGUAUAACUAAUAUUACAAUAUCCCAUAGUUAAAUAAGUAACAAUUAUACACAUCUAUACAAUACACAUUUACUAGUUAUAAAUGUAAGAAAAUUCUUAAAUAAAAUUUCGUUUGUUCCCGUUUUGUUUCAGGUUUCUCUGAUUAUGAUUAUUAACAGAUAGGCUAAUGAUUAGAAACAGGUUUAACUCAACGGGAACAAAUAGUUUAAUUGUAAUAUCAAAUACAUAUUGAUAAAAUAUAUAGGCAAGAUAAUUUUCCAAUUAAUGAAUAUACAAACAAGUAAAAAUCCUCAAUAUUCAUGCUAUCUCUACACUUCAUUUGAAGAAAAAAAAUGCCAAAUUGCAUUUCUAUUAAAUAUCUCUUCAAGUACUUUGUAAAAGUGUAUUGAAAUAAUGUGACUUUAAACAAUUUUCAGCCUCCCUAAAUAAAGCUAGUUUGUUGACAUUUUGGUAUUUUCCCCUCGGUGUGAAGUGUAGCAUAUUGGUGACGCGGUGAGUGGAGGCGCGCGGCGCGGCGAGGCGUCCGUGCCUUACGACAAGUCUGUAUGUUUGGGAGCUCUGUACACUGAUAUACCGACACUAGGACAAACUAUUGUAUUAUACACUCAAGUACACGUAUUUGUAUAGUAGACUUAAUUCGUAGUUCGUUCAAGAACUUUGCAAGAAACAAAACGCCCAGUUAAUUUAAAAAUAUUAUGCUAAUGGUGCGUUUUGUUUUUUGAUUACUUUCUUGGAUAGUAUUAUUUACGAAAGGUAAUGAUAACCCAAAAGUAUUACCAACGGACGUGCUCAAUGUACAUUCCAUUUAUUUAUAAUCUCCUUGCGGAAUUGUUAUUAUGCAAUUUUUUCGUUGUUUUGUAGAAAAGAUAGCUCUCAGGUUUGUUUGCAACGAGGGCAAUUCGUUUCGUCUUUUUUACGAAAAUACAUUUAUGUGAUAUUUUCUGAAUGAGCAAUAAUAUCGACUGUAUUCUUAGUUUUAUUAUUAUUUACUUUGAACGCCUGUUUCUAGAUUUAUAUAGCUAAACAGUAACAAUAACAAAUUGAUAGAUGUAAGUUUUAAAUGUCCUUUCUCAAUAAUGGGGUCUAAUUAGGUCUAAUUACUUAGUUUUCCAUAAAAAGUUAACUAACAAUUGAAACCUAUUAGUAAAAAAUAUGAUUUGUCCGAAGCGAGAGAUAGGACGUCCUCCGCCUGUCUACUGGAAAUACAUGUUUUGUCCCUCUCUUUUCAAUAUAUGACAUUGAAAGAACGAAACAAACAUAUUUAAUAACUAAAUUAAUUUUAAAAUGUUUGUUAACUUUUUAUGACGCUUAUAUGAUAAGUUUAAUGAAAUUGUACAUAGAUUCCUCGUGCGCCUGGCUUUGAGGACCGCUGCCACAUUGUUACCGUCCACAGACCGCAGCUCGGAGUCACUGCCUCGGCCUAUCCACUCAAUAAAGGACAUUAUAGUUGUA